AUGGCUGGCGGCUUAAACGGGCGUUUACAAUCCGAGUUGCGGGAGCUACACUCCGCCAUUGGGAUGAUAGAUCUCAUUGCUCGUGCGUACUUCGUGAACCACGCGGAGGCGCGUGUUCGUUGGGGUCCUUACUGUGCGUAUGGGGACCCUGACUUUGACCGUAUGAUCCUGGAAGCGAACGUCGGCUUUUAUUCGGAUCUGACCAUUCUCAUGGAACCUACGGAAGCCGAGGAGAGUGAGGAAGAAAACGAGUUUGAUCUCGUCGGUGCGUUGACCGACGACGACAUGUUUCGUUUCAUAAUGGAUCAGGAAUAAGAAGUAAUAUACGUAU